AUGGAUUUAUGGAACUGGUCGCUUCUUUUUGUGCUGCUGGCUUUCAUAUUGACUGUCACAAGUCCAGUCCAGAAUGAGGAGUGCAUGGUGACACCUCAGGGCAUCAGAUACAGUGGGACAGUCGCAAAGACUGCCAACAACUUCGACUGUCUUCGCUGGGAUGAAAUGACCGAGACAGAGAAGGGACUCUAUCCCUUGGAGAGCUACCCAGAUUGUUCAUAUAGCGCAGCAGAGAACUACUGCCGGCAACCGUUCUUGUACGAUAAAGCUGAGAUGAAGAUUUAUAAGAACCCAUCCCAAGCUGCUCCAUGGUGCUUUACAACGUACAAUGGGACAAGGCAGAGGUUCACAGAGAAAUGUCAUGUGCCGUACUGCAUCUCUGGCAUUCCAACUGUUGCAACAUCUCAUUCAGUCUCUGGCAUUCCAACUGCUGCACCAUCUCAGACAGUCUCUGGCACUCCAACUAUUGCAACAUCUCAAUCAGUCUCUGGCUCACCAACCGUUUUAACAUCUCAAACAGUCUCUGGCAUACCAACUGUUGCAACAUCUCAAUCAGUCUCUGGCUCACCAACCGUUUUAACAUCACAAACAGUCUCUGGCAUUCCAACUGUUGCAACAUCUCAAUCAGUCUCUGGCACUCCAACUAUUGCAACAUCUCAAUCGGUCUCUGGCUCACCAACUGUUUUAACAUCUCAAACAGUCUCUGGCUCACCAACUGUUGCAACAUCUCAUUCAGUCUCUGGCUCACCAACUGCUGCAACAUCUCAUUCAGUCUCUGGCAUUCCAACUGUUGUAACAUCUCAGACAGUCUCUGGCACUCCAAAUAUUGCAACAUCUCAAUCAGUCUCUGGCUCACCAACCGUUUUAACAUCUCAAACUUUCUCUAGCAUUCCAACUGUUGCAACCUCUCAUUCAGUCUCUGACAUUCCAACUGUUGCAACAUCUCAAACAGCCUCUGGCACUCCAACUAUUGCAACAUCUCAAUCAGUCUCUGGCUCACCAACUGUUGCAACAUCUCAAUCAGUCUCUGGCUCACCAACUGUUGCAACAUCUCAAUCAGUCUCUGGUAUUCCAACUGUUGCAACAUCUCAUUCAGUCUCUGGCUCACCAACUGUUGCAACAUCUCAUUCAGUCUCUGGCAUUCCAACUGUUGUAACAUCUCAGACAGUCUCUGGCACUCCAACUAUUGCAACAUCUCAAUCAGUCUCUGGCUCACCAACUGUUGCAACAUCUCAUUCAGUCUCUGGCUCACCAACUGUUGCAACAUCUCAAUCAGUCUCUGGCUCACCAACUGUUGCAACAUCUCAUUCAGUCUCUGGCUCACCAACUGUUGCAACAUCUCAAUCAGUCUCUGGCUCACCAACUGUUGCAACAUCUCAUUCAGUCUCUGGCAUUCCAACUGUUGUAACAUCUCAGACAGUCUCUGGCACUCCAACUAUUGCAACAUCUCAAUCAGUCUCUGGCUCACCAACUGUUGCAACAUCUCAAUCAGUCUCUGGCUCACCAACUGUUGCAACAUCUCAUUCAGUCUCUGGCUCACCAACUGUUGAAACAUCUCAAUCAGUCUCUGGCUCACCAACUGUUGCAACAUCUCAUUCAGUCUCUGGCAUUCCAACUGUUUUAACAUCUCAAUUGGUCUCUGGCAUUCCAUCUGUUGCAACAUCUCAAUCAGUCCCUGGCACACCAUCUGUUGCAACAACUCAACAAUCAGUCCCUGGCACACCUACUGCUUCAACAUCACCAACGACAGGCACACCACCACUUUCUGUUACCUCUCAAAUAGGAGGAUCAACUCCUCAUACCUCCAAAGCAGCGGCCUCUUCUCCAUCUAAGAGCUUGGCACAAACCAUUUCAAAAUAUCAAUCAAAAACAUCUGUAACUCUUGCUCUAUCCCAAACUGCAAGCGUACCACAAACAGUUUCAACACCACUACAUAUAAGUGAAUCACCCACUGUUAGUACAACUCAAUCUCAAGGUAUCUCAACAUUACUAACGAUUAGUACAGCUUCAACUGUUAGUACAACUCAAAUGCUUUCAACAUCACCAACUGUUGGUACAACGUUGAAUGCCUCACAAACACUUUCACCAUCAUCCACGGUCAUCACAACACAAGUGACUAAACGGCCAGUCAGUUCAAUACUAACUGAGAGCAAGUUCAAGACUCCUUCAACAGCAUUAACUGUUAGCACAUUGCUCACACCACCAGGUUUUGGAACAACCAAUACAGUAGGUGCCACUCAGACAGUUUCAUCAUCUACUGAGAGUAAAUUACCAACCGUUAGUAGAAUAACUGUGAGUGCAUCUCAAACAGAGAGUUUAUCUUCACCUCUGAGUGCAUCACCAACUGUUGGUACAAGUCAACUUGUGAGUGCAUCUCAAACAAUUUCCACCUCAUCUACAUCUAGCAUAUUAGCAGCUACCUCUCCACCUCUGGGUGCAUCAAAAACAAUUGGGGCAUCAUCUACACCUAGCAUACCAAAAACUCUUCAUACAAAUCUACCUGUGAGUCUGUCUCAAACAAUUGUGACCUCACACACACCUAGCAUACAACCAACUGUUGGUACAAGUCCACCUUCGAGUGCGUCACAAACAAUUGUGACCUCAUUCACACCUAGUACACCACCAACUGUUGGUACAAGUCCACAUGUGGGUGCAUCACAAACAAUUGUGUCCUCACCCACACCUAGUAUGUCACAAUCUGUAGGUACAACUCCAUCAAUGAAAACAUCACAAACAAUUGUGACAUCCUCCACAACGAGUGAACCACCAACUGAUGAUACAAGACCCCACAUGAGUACAUCUUUUGUGACCUCACUCACAUCUAGCAUACCACCGAGCGGUGGUACAAGUCCACCCGUGAGCGCAUCUCAUACAAUGUCGACCUCACCUACACCUAGCAUAGCUCAAACUCCACAUGUGAGUGCUACAGAAGCCGUUGUGACAUCACCCACAUCUAGCAUACAACCAACUGUCAGUACACGCCAGCCUGUAAGUGUAUCUAAAACAGUUUAUACCUCAACCACAGAGAGUGUAUCAUCAACUGUUGGCACAACUCCACACGUGAUUGUGUCUCGAACUAUUUCAAUAUCACCAAGUCUAUCACUAAGUGGUGGAAUUCCCAUCAGUGCAUCUACAACAGUUUUCAUCUCACCCACAGUGAGUAUCUCAACUAUCAUUGGUACAAGUCCACCUGUGAGUGAAUCUAAAACACAUUCAACCUUACACACAGUGAGAAUGUCACAAUCCGUUGGUAAAACUCUAUUUGUUAGCCCAUCCCAAACAAUUUCAACAUCACCAACAGUCACGGUAUCACUGACCAGUGGAAGUAUAAGUGCAUCUCAUAUAGCCUCAGCAACACCAACAGUGAGUGAAUCAUUGACAUCAGUUGCCCCAAGUAUGAGUGCAUCUCAAAUAGUUUCAACAUCAUCAACAGUGAGCGCAUCGCUGUCUAGUGGAACCCCAAGUAUGAGCUCAUCUCAAAUAGCCUCAACAUCACCAACAGUGAGUAAAUCACUGGUUGGUGACACCCAAAGCAUGAGCUCAUCUCAAAUAGCCUCAACAUCACCAACAGUGAGUAAAUCACUGGCUGUUGGCACCUCAAGUAUGAGCUCAUCUCAAAUAGCCUCAACAUCACCAACCGUGAGUAAAUCACUGGCUGGUGGCACCCCAAGCAUGAGCUCAUCUCAAAUGGCCUCAACAUCACCAACAGUGAGCGCAUCGCUGUCUAGUGUAACCCCAAGCAUGAGCUCAUCUCAAAUAGCCUCAACAUCACCAACAGUGAGUAAAUCACUGGCUGUUGGCACCCCAAGCAUGAGCUCAUCUCAAAUAGCCUCAACAUCACCAACAGUGAGUAAAUCAUUGGCUGGUGACACCCCAAGCAUGAGCUCAUCUCAAAUAGCCUCAACAUCACCAACAGUGAGUAAAUCACUGGCUGGUGGCACCCCAAGCACGAGCUCAUCUCAAAUAGCCUCAACAUUACCAACAGUGAGUAAAUCAUUGGCUGGUGGCACCCCAAGCAUGAGCUCAUCUCAAAUAGCCUCAACAUCACCAACAGUGAGUAAAUCACUGGCUGGUGGCACCCUUAGCAUGAGCUCAUCUGAAAUGGCCUCAACAUCACCAACAGUGAGUAAAUCACUGGCUGGUGGCAUCCCAAGCAUGAGCUCAUCUCAAAUAGCCUCAACAUCACCAACAGGGAGUAAAUCACUGGCUGUUGGCACCCCAAGUAUGAGCUCAUCUCAAAUAGCAUCAAAAUCACCAACAGUGAGUAAAUCAUUGGCUGGUGACACCCCAAGCAUGAGCUCAUCUCAAAUAGCCUCAACAUCACCAACAGUGAGUAAAUCACUGGCUGGUGGCACCACAAGCAUGAGCUCAUCUCAAAUAGCCUCAACAUUACCAACAGUGAGUAAAUCACUGGCUGGUGGCACCCCAAGCAUGAGCUCAUCUCAAAUAGCCUCAACAUCACCAACAGUGAGUAAAUCACUGGCUGGUGACACCCCAAGCAUGAGCUCAUCUCAAAUAGCCUCAACAUCACCAACAGUGAGUAAAUCACUGGCUGGUGACACCCCAAGCAUGAGCUCAUCUCAAAUAGCCUCAACAUCACCAACAGUGAGUAAAUCACUGGCUGGUGACACCCCAAGCAUGAGCUCAUCUCAAAUAGUUCCAACAUCACCAACAGUGAGUAAAUCACUGGCUGGUGGCACCCCAAGCAUGAGCUCAUCUCAAAUGGCCUCAACAUUACCAACACAUGAGCUCAUCUCAAAUGGCCUCAAAAUCACCAACAUUGAGUAA